ACGAGGCAGGACUUUCCUUCCUUUUAACGGAGUCCCUAAACUGCAAUUUAUCAACUUUCCAACUCCUUAUAUUUUAACUUCUUCAAACUCUCUAUAAAUAGCUGCAUCAUUUCACUCACUUUCAAUCCAAAUCUCCAAUCUAAACCACCCCCGUUGAAGAGCAAAGAUGACAGUUGGUGCAGGAAUUACAGUUGCUGACGGGAAUUUAACGGUUUUAGGGAACACAGUUUUACAAAAUGUUCAUCAUAAUAUUGAGAUCACACCAGUACAAGGUGACGCUUUUAUCAAUGGAGCUUUUCUUGGUGUUCAAUCUGAUCAACUUGGUUGCCGUAGAGUCUUUCCUGUUGGCAAGCUAGAGGGAUUGCGGUUUAUGUGUGUUUUUCGGUUUAAGUUAUGGUGGAUGACUCAAAGAAUGGGGAGUUGUGGACAGGAUAUACCUUUUGAGACUCAGUUCUUGAUUGUUGAAACGAGAGAUGGGUCUAAUUUUGAUGAUGUGAAUGAGCAGUCUGCAGUUUAUACAGUGUUUUUGCCCAUUCUUGAAGGGGAUUUUCGGGCUGUUCUUCAAGGGAAUGAGCGAAAUGAGCUCGAAAUUUGCUUGGAAAGUGGAGAUCCUGAUGUACAGGAAUUCGAGGGAAGUCGGUUGGUUUUUAUGACUGUAGGAUCAGAUCCUUUUGAUGUAAUCACAAAUGCUGUCAAGACUGUAGAGAGACACUUGCAAACAUUCUCCCAUCGGGAGAGAAAAAAGAUGCCAGAUAUGCUGAAUUGGUUUGGUUGGUGCACUUGGGAUGCUUUUUACACCGAUGUUACAGCCGAAGGCGUAAAACAAGGAUUAGAAAGCUUAGAGAAAGGUGGCAUCUCUCCUAAGUUUGUUAUAAUCGACGACGGGUGGCAAUCGGUCGGUAUGGAUACCACUAGUAUCGAGACCAAAGCCGAUAAUACAGCCAACUUUUCAAACAGAUUAACAGAUAUCAAAGAAAACCACAAGUUCCAGAAAAAUGGCAGAGAAGGCCACAAAGUAGAGGAUCCAGCUUUGGGACUUCGCCACAUCGUCACCGAUAUAAAAGAACAUCAUCAUUUGAAGUACGUUUAUGUCUGGCACGCGAUUACCGGAUACUGGGGUGGCGUAAGAUCCGGUAUAACUGAAAUGGAGCAGUAUGAAUCGAAAAUGGCUUACCCAAUUUCAUCUCCUGGAGUUCAGCUAAAUGAGGAUUGUGGUGCUCUACAGAGUAUCACGAAGAACGGGCUAGGACUUGUGAACCCUGAGAAGGUCUUUAACUUUUAUAACGAACUUCACUCGUAUCUUGCAUCUGCCGGAAUCAAUGGUGUCAAGGUUGACGUCCAAAACAUUCUUGAAACUCUUGGAGCUGGCCAUGGUGGAAGGGUUAAACUUGCUAGGAAAUACCAUCAAGCAUUAGAGGCUUCAAUUGCUCGAAACUUUAGCGACAACGGAAUCAUUUCUUGUAUGAGUCACAAUACUGAUGGUUUGUACAGUGCAAAAAGAACUGCGGUUAUAAGGGCAUCGGAUGAUUUUUGGCCGAGAGACCCAGCAUCACACACAAUUCAUAUUGCAUCGGUUGCUUACAAUACCAUUUUUCUUGGAGAAUUUAUGCAACCAGAUUGGGAUAUGUUCCAUAGCUUACACCCAAUGGCUGAAUACCAUGGAGCAGCACGAGCAGUCGGGGGAUGUGCAAUUUAUGUCAGUGAUAAGCCUGGACAACAUGACUUUGAUCUAUUGAAGAAGCUUGUACUUCCGGAUGGCUCUAUAUUGAGGGCUAAACUUCCUGGAAGACCUACAAGAGAUUGCUUAUUCUCUGAUCCUGCCCGAGACGGAAAAAGUCUUCUGAAGAUAUGGAAUUUGAAUGAUUUCAACGGAGUCGUAGGGGUAUUCAAUUGCCAAGGAGCUGGAUGGUGUCGGGUUGGAAAGACGAAUCUUAUCCACGAUGAAAAGCCUGCCACAAUUACCGGCUAUAUUAGAGCUAAAGAUGUUGAUUAUUUGCCUAAAGUUGCUGACGAUGGAUGGACUGGGGAUAGCAUUCUGUACUCUCAUCUUGGUGGAGAGGUAAUUUAUCUCCCAAAAGUUGCAACUGUGCCAAUCACCUUGAAGUCUCGAGAAUACGAAGUUUUCACAGUCGUGCCCGUGAAGGAAUUAUCCACCGGGACUAAAUUUGCUCCGAUUGGUCUGGUCAAGAUGUUCAAUUCAGGUGGUGCUAUUAAAGAGUUGAAAUAUGAUUCUGAAUUAAGUUCCACAGUUUGCAUCAAAGUUCGAGGAUGUGGCAUGUUCGGAGCAUAUUCAUCAUCUCGACCUAAAACGAUUAAAGUUGAUUCCGAGAAGGUGGAUUUCGUUUACCAAGAAAGGACUGGUUUGAUCAGUAUUAAAUUGAGAGUUCCUGAGGAAGAAUUGUACCUCUGGAACAUAACUAUUGAAGUAUAGAGGAUGGUGAUCAUUAUUCUUUACUAUUGAUUCCGCAUACGCGUCUCUCUCGACCGCUCACAUUACUCUAGAGAUUGAGCAAGAGAAAUGUUGGUAUGUGGAGAUUUAUCCUGCAGAUCUUUUAUAAGUCUGCAUAUUAUCUCUUUAGAUGAUGAAAUAAUAUUGUAAGCAAUGCCAUGUAAUGUACAAGUUCAGAGGUCAAACU